AUGGGCCCCUGUACCGCCUCCUCAUGCUGCUGCCAGGCCCGUAAUCUGCCAUGGGCCCCCGUACCGACUCCUCAUGCUGCUGCUGCCAGGCCCGUAAUCUGUCAUGGGCCCCUGUACCGCCUCCUCAUGCUGCUGCCAGGUCCAGAGUGUGUCAUGGGUCCCUGUACGGCCUCCCAUUGCUGCUGUCUCCAUCGCCACACUCUGCCAUGUGCCACUUUCAGGUCUCCUCACACUGCUGGUGGGUUCCAUUUUGUCAUAGGGUGCUGUAUGGCCUCCCAUUGCUGCUGCCUCCACCGCCACACUGUGGCUCCACACUCUGGUUUUGGCCCCGUGACUGCCCAAAUGAGUGAAGUGUGCGGUGAUUCUAAGAUCGACGGCACUCAUCUGCAUGUCAUACUGACUGACAGUAUUAUUUCUCUUCCCCAGCAGACUCCAAGGGCAUUUAAAUUAAAGGUACAGUGUUCUGCACUAAUAUAA